UCGAGCCAAGCACACGGAAAAGCACACUAAUAGAGAGAGAGAGAGAGAGAGAGAGCAUAAUAAGACGCAACAUACAUGGAUGACCCGGGAGAGGUACAAGUGAGGAACCCAUGCCACAGGCCAUUGUUCAUCUUUCUGACUGUUGUUAUUUCCCUGGGAAUCAUUACAAUGGUGUCAAUUUCUGUUGUUCAGAACAAGCCUUUACUUCAGAAGUACAAGUAUGGGAUUGUUUUGGAUGCUGGAUCCUCCCAUACUUCUGUGUUCAUCUAUGAAUGGCCAGCCGAGAAGGAGAACAACACAGGCAUGGUAAAGCAGAAACACACCUGCAAUGUGAAAGGCAAAGGCAUAUCCAGUUACUCAGCUAACCCAGAAAUGGCUGGCACAUCACUGCAAGUGUGUAUGGAGGAAGCCAAGCAGAUAAUACCUGCAUACAGACACAGGGAAACACCAGUAUACUUGGGGGCCACAGCAGGCAUGCGAUUGCUCAAGAUGGAGAAUGAAACAGCCUCAGGAAAGGUACUAGACUCAGUAGCGCAUUCUCUGCAAAUGUACCCAUUCUCCUAUCAGGGAGCUCGUAUCAUUUUGGGCCAAGAGGAGGGAGCUUUCGGCUGGAUCACUGUUAAUUACCUCAGUGAAAACUUGAGAAAGCCCACUGGGACCCUUGGCGCUCUGGACCUUGGUGGGGCAUCUACUCAGAUAACUUUUGUACCUAAACAUGAAAUUGAAUCAGACAACAAUUCUAUUAACUUCAGGCUGUAUGGAAAUGAUUAUCACCUAUACACCCACAGCUUUCUCUGUUAUGGGAAGGACCAGAUUCUAAAGAUUUUCAUGGCUGAAAAAUUACGGUCAACAUUUGUGGUUAAUAAGACAGGCCCCAUUGAGAUAAAGGACCCUUGCUUCCACCCUGGAUAUAAGGUCAACAAGACAUUUCAGAGUCUCUUUGACACCCCCUGCAUAGAAGAAGUGAAUACCUUGCCAAAUAAAGAUUUAAUCCAUGUGGGGUUGGGUAAUUGGUCGAUGUGCCAACAAUCAGUGAGAAAGGUUUUUAAUACCACCAUUUGUAAAUACUCAAGAUGCUCUUUCAAUGGUGUUUUCCAGCCUUCUGUUGAUGGAAACUUUGGGGCUUUUUCUGCUUUCUACUUUGUAAUGAACUAUUUGAAUCUGACAACUGACACGUUAGACAAUGCAAAGCAGAAACUGACAACAUACUGCUCCAUCCCAUGGCAAAAGAUUGUAGAAAAUCAUCCUAAUAUAAAAGAGAAGUAUCUUGCAGAAUACUGCUUCUCAGGAACCUACAUUCUGACUCUUCUGGAAAAUGGAUACAACUUCACCUCUAAGAACUGGAAAGACAUCCAAUUCAUUAAGAAGAUAGGAGAAAGUGAUGCAGGCUGGACUUUGGGUUACAUGCUAAAUCUGACCAACAUGAUCCCAGCUGAAGCUCCAGAUACACCUUUGAUGCCUUACGGGGGAUAUGUCACAUUUAUGCUCCUCUUCUCACUUCUAAUAUUAUUUCUCUUUUUUAUGGCCUAUAUGUACUUCUGUCGAUCCACUAGGACAACCCAGAAAGACAUAAUUUAGCUCAACCAAGACGGGCUACUUUGUUGUGCUCUCUUAGCAGUGAAUGUUUAUUUCUGCAGGAUGUAAUCUGUAAAAUCCAAAACCAAGUGUUGGCUCAAUUUAAAGUGAUUGUUCAUGCAUAAAUUACGAUUCUGUAUUAUUCACUAAACCUCAUGUGUUUCCAAACCUGCAUGACAUUCUUUCGUCUAUGGAACACAAAAGGAGUCACCAGUCACUAUUCACUUUCAUUUAAUGGAAAAGAGCAGUUUCAACAUUCUUCCGAAAUAUUCCUCUUGUGUUACACAUUAUUAUUAAUGACACGAACAACAUAAACGACAGCUGAAUUUUCAUUUCUGGGUGAACUAAAACUUCAAGGUUUUACAUUUCAAAGAAUUUGGACGUCAUACCUCAUGUGAAGCAUAACCUGGCUUAAGGAGAGUUAUGAGUUAUUCGUUCCAUUGGAACAGAAGGGGCACCAGAUGGAAGGGGAGUUUUUCUUUUCUAUUCCCAUUAUUUUGUGUGUGUGUGUGUGUGUGUGUUUUUAUGACAACUUCAGGUUGCCUCUGAAAAUCUCUUGGAAGCAGAGGUUUGAACUUUAGGGAGCUGGGUCAAUAAGGUUGCAAAGCUUCCUUAAAGAACUGAAGGAGCACCAGAUGGAAGGGGAGUUUUUCUUUUCUAUUCCCAUUAUGUUGUGUGUGUUUUUUUAUGACAACUUCAGGUUGCCUCUGAAAAUCUCUUGGAAGCAGAGAUUUGAACUUUAGGGAGUUGGGUCAAGAAGGUUGCAAAGCUUCCUUAAAGGAAAUGUGCACUGACGCAGAGUACGCUAUAUUGUGUGCUUUUAAAGGAAUAUACCAGGGCAAGUUCAAUAAACAGCAUUUUUAGCAUAAUGUUGAUUACCUCAAGAAUUAAUAUCCACUUGUCCGUCCUUUUUUAAAAAAAAAAUCAAGUUUAGAAGUGAAUGGGGCCAAUGUUUGGCGGGGUUUAAAUGCAGAACUAAUAGCUUACAAUUUUAUAAAAGCUCUUACAUUACUUCUGUUAAAACACAUUUAUUAUUUGAGCUGUAAAGUUGUUUAAAUCAUUGUUUACUGGGAUAAAAGUUUACAGCCUAUAUCACCAUGUUCACAAAGUUGUAGAAAUUGGAUACAACUUUACAGAGAUAGGUUAGUAAGUGAUUUUAUCACACUAAAAUCAUGUUAACAUACAUAUUGUUUACAUCUUGUGGCUAUAGUUUUGAAAUAUGGAGUACUUGACUUGUAUUAAACCCGGAAUAUUCCUUUAAAUCUUUAAUUAAUGCUUCCUAAAUCUAUUUGACUCUUUUAGUCAUUUUAAAUAUAUACAUUACAUUUAUGCAUUUGGCAGACGCUUUUAUCCAAAGCAACUUACAGUGCACUUAUUACAGGGACAAUCCCCCCAGAGCAACCUGGAGUUAAGUGCCUUGCUCAAGGGCCCAACAGUGGCAUCUUGGUGGUGCUGGGGCUUGAACCCCAGACCUUCUGGUCAGUAACCCUGAGCCUCAACCACUGAGCCACCACUGCCACGAAAUGAGCUGCAUUAUGGUCAGAUGGAUAUCACAGAGUUAAACACAAUAAAAGCUUCCAGCAUAGCAUAUUUUUAUUAUAAAUUGAAAAUUGGGGACUAUGUUAUUAGGUUGCCUUGGCAUGGUUUUUGUCUAUUCCUGUGCUUACCGUUCCUUGCUUUUUAGUGCGUUUAUUUUAUCAUACCACAGUAUAACAAGAGAGUUAAUAUAAUCAAUAAUGCUUCAAAUAGUAGCUCAUGUCUGCUUCUGUAAGGCACAUUCUGUGUGUGAAAAUACUGUGUAUGGCACUGAAAUAUGUAAAAUAAUGUGAACUCUGAUUUUGUUUUUAUUUAAACAACAACUGAAGCACAUUUCUAUAUUAAAUUGGCAAAAUAUUA